AUGCGGGCACGACUGAGGGAAAUCCUCACGUGCUGUACCGAUGCGCGGAACGUCAGUGGCACCGCAGACACGGAGCAGGCCACUGCUGCAGUAGAAAGUAAGCAGAUGCGGGAGCGGUGUAUUGCGUCGCUUGUGAGGUGCUGCACGCCGCAGGAAUCCGUCAUCCCACCACUGCGGUGGCGCAAGCGGUACGGCAAGUGGGCGCCGAUUGGGCUAGAAGGCGUGGAGGCAAUCCGUGAGCAGCUGCUGAGACAACAAAACAGCUUCGCGAGGGGCGGCGCCGACGAAUACCGCAGCACACUCGCGUUAGAACUCUACGGGCUUUGGAUUCAGGACGAUGGAGUGAAAGCGCUUGCCCCAGUCAUAACUAGUGAUAACCGGCUCGUCUCCCUUGUGCUCGGUGGCAACAACAUAACGGAUGAGGGUGUUGUGGCACUUCUGUCAGCCCUUGAGCAGAGUCCCAAGUCGCUGAAUCGGCUGGCACUGAACGACAACCCCAUUACAGCUGCUGGUGUGCUGCGUAUUAUUGGCUUCUGCGCAGCCAAAACCCUUCCGUUGACGGAGCUAGUGCUCAGCCGAGUGGGUCGACGAGAAGAACGACGGCAGCAGCUGCAGCUGCAGCAACAACAACGUGCUUCGGAUGAGUCAGGCGCUCUACCUGAGAGCAUGGAAGAUAGCUUUGUGGCUCUUCUUCACUCGGAGAAUGGGGGAACACUGAAAUCCUUUACGUACCGUGGCAGCGACAGUGCUGACUUCGACGCACCCGGUUUUGGGGCUGUUCUGCAAACAGCGCUGUGCCGCUCGAACCUACAGCAUCUCGCCUUGCAGAACUGCUAUACUUCUGUGCCAAGUACUGGGACGCAGCAGCACUCAGCAAAAUCACUGGCAGCACCGUUCACAAUAGCCGCAGCAGGCCUGUGUUCGGCUAGGACAGCACUGAGGAGCCUCGAGCUGCAGAUACCUCUAAGCGAGGAGGCUGUGACGGCUCUGGCAGCCGGUAUUUCUGAUGCAACACAAUUGUCGCGACUCAGUCUGCGCGGGUGUAAUAUGGGUGCUGAGAGUCUUCGCAUUAUUGGUGACGCCCUUGUCACGAACUACACCCUUGUGUGCCUGGAUCUGUCGUACCAGAGCACGGAAAUAGCACAUCCCCUCUGUGACAGCCACUGGAUGAGUCAGGUGCAAGCCGGCCGAGCGAAUUCCAACGUGCAUUCAUCUUCUCGACCGCUUCUCCCCAUCAUGAAGGCCCUCCACCGCAACAGCACUCUUCAGGAGUUGAUUGUGUUGGGCAUCGACAUCGUUGACGAUGACGUGGAGGAGUUGUGUGCGUGCAUCGAGCGCAGUGGCAACAAAGUCAUUCGACACGUGCGGCACACCGGCGUCAAUUCGAAGCCACUCACUAUUAAACUGGAGGGUCUCCUGUCACGCAACUGCAACCUGAUCGGAGACGAGCCGCAGAGGACAUGCAGCGUUGUGGAUUCUGCCAUCCUCACACCAUCAGUGCUCCCGUCCUUUAGAAAUAUUGGGCCAGCACGAUGCAGGCAGACCACCAACACGGAACAGACGCAGGCACUCGACGUGAAACCCUCAAGCGGUAAGAAGAACGCGAUGCUGUCAGUUGUGUCGAGCUGUGAAGAGGGGAAUGUCGCCGCCACCUCCAGCAACUCCAACGCCUCGACAAUGAACUCUGUGAAUUUGUCCGCGUCUCGAGAGGAGCUGGCGUCCGCCACGCGUCGCUUCACGGGAGACGUCUCAUCGAUGGCAUCGCGCAUGUUCUCCCCACGGGAGGCGUCCAGGCUUCCGUACCUGGUCAAUCCUUGA